AUGGACGUCACAGAAAAAUUCGAGAAAAAGCUGCAACGGGCAGACACGGACUUUACUAAAUUACCGGACGGUGAUGUCGAACCUUCGUUAUUUCGAAGAGGUCCAUACGCACUUACAGCGUUCUCCAGAAUCAUCAAACCCCAAGAAAAAGAAGUGGAAUAUUUGGAUUUCCUGGAUAAAGUGGAUGUGAAAGAUAUUGUGAAAGCUUUAAAGGAACCCAGUGACGAUGCUAAACUUACAACUGUGGAACUGAUUGAUAAGUAUGGCUACAAUCCAGAAACACAUACAGUGGUGACUUACGACAAAUACAUUUUGGAAAUGCACAGGAUAACUGGUCCCAAAAAUAAUUCCGAUCCCGAUGGAAAACCUGCAGUCCUUCUUCUGCAUGGAAUUUUUAUGAGUUCAGCUGAUUGGAUUAUUUUGGGACCAGGAAAAGCCCUUGGAUAUAUUUUGGCAGAUGCUGGAUACGAUGUUUGGAUAGGAAACGUUAGAGGAAAUACUUAUUGCAGGAAGCAUCUUAAUUCUGCCAUUAAUGAAAAAGACUUUUGGUCCUUCAGCUGGCACGAAAUUGGAUCAAGAGAUCUACCAGCAAUGAUCGACUUCAUUUUGGAAAAAACUGGAAACAGAAAGAUUUUUUAUAUUGGUCACAGUCAAGGCACUACAAAUUUUUUCGUAAUGGCUUCUGAAUUACCUGAAUAUAAUGAUAAAAUUAUUUCAAUGCAUGCCUUAGCUCCUGUAGCUUAUUGUCAACACAUGACAAGUCCGCCUCUUAGAUUUCUUUCGAUGAUCGAUCACCAACUUUCGCUCGUGACUAAAUUCUUCGGUAUGUAUGAACUUCGUCUAACAAAAGAAUUUUAUAACAAGUUUACAUCCAAAUUCUGUGCCGAAAAUUCGAUUCUUCAGCCUCUGUGCAGUAAUCUUCUCUUUAUGAUUAGCGGGUUCAAUCCAAGUCAAAUGAAUAUGACUUUACUUCCUACUAUUUUGGGCCAUACUCCAGCAGGCGCAUCUGUAAAACAAACUCUCCACUAUUCCCAACUCAUGAAAAAAAAUUACUUCAGGCAAUAUGAUUACGGAUUUAGUGGCAAUUUGAAGAAAUAUGGAAGAUUAUCACCUCCUGAUUACGAUUUGAGUCUAAUCACAACACCUGUGAUUUUACAUUACAGUGCCAAUGACUGGCUGGCUCAUAUAAAGGAUGUGGAAAGCCUUUAUAAAGAACUGGGAAAUCCGGUUGCUAAAAUUCGAGUUCCUCUGAACGAAUUUAACCAUUUGGACUUCCUUUGGGCGAAAGAUGCAAAUACGUUGCUUUAUGAAAAAAUUUUGGGUUUCAUGUCUCUUUACGAGAAAGAAACAAUAAUUUAA